AUGAAAGCCAACAAGAUGGAAAGGGGACCGAUGCACCUCGUCGAGAGCUUGGACAAAGAGAUGGGCAAGUCCAUCCACACGUGCAUUGUCCCCAUUGGCGACUAUCAGCUGAUUGUCACUCGCGACCCUGAGAACGUCCAGGCGAUACUAGCAUCGAACUCGGCGGACUGGGACGUUGGCGAGCAUCGGACAGCCAGUUGGAGCCCUUUGGUUGGACAUGGCGUCUUCACCACACGGGGAGAAGAGUGGAAAGUAUCUCGUCUGCUUGUCCGGCCGCAGUUCUCAAAGGAUGCUAUCAAUGACCUGGAUCUCGUUGAACGCCACGUCCAAGAGCUGUUUGAGGCAAUUGAUGAGUAUAUGGACGGAAGACCCGCGGUGGAAGCAGGCUGGACAAAUAAGUUCGACCUGCAGCCACUCUUCUACAAUAUGACGCUGGAUAUCACAACAGAGCUCAUCUACGGAUAUUCGGUGCAUUCCCAAAACCCCAAGGCCAGGGUUAAGUUGCCCGAUCUCCCGGGCUACCCAGCCCCUGACCGCAUGAAUAUCAGCUCACAUAUGGAUGCUGGAAAAGCCUGGAUCGAAACGCGGGGAGCUCUCUGGAAGUACCGCUGGUUGCUACCAUCGGGAGAAUUCAAGAAGCACUGCGAGGCUGUGCACAGGUUUGCCGAUUGGUUUGUUCAGCUGCGAUUGAUGCGUGGUGAUGCGUACCUGGAUGGUUUGGCUGAUACUGGCGCACCCCGCAAGGAUCGGUAUGUCCUGCUGCACGAGCUAGCAAAGGAGACGCAAGACCCCGAUGAACUCCGCGGCCAAACACUCAACAUCCUCCUGGCCGGCCGUGACACGACUGCUGCGCUCUUGGGAUGGAUCUUUUACUUCCUGGCACGCCAUCCUCGGGUAUUCAAAAAACUGCGCGAGGAGAUCCUAGAACAGUUCGGGCCUUACUCGCCAACUAAGCCCAGCGGCCUCACGGAUUUUGGGAAGCUUCGCGGCCUGUACCUCAAUGCCGUCAUCAAUGAGUCAUUGCGUGUGGCUCCCGUGAUUCCGUUGAAUGAGCGUGUCGCACUCCGUGACACGAAGCUUCCACGGGGCGGGCACCCCAACCCUCUUCAACCCAUCAUGGUCCCCAAGGGAACGCAGGUUCUCAUUUCGACAUAUGCAAUGACGAGAAGGGAGGACAUUUGGGGGCCCAAUGUUGAUGAGUUCCGCCCAGAGAGGUGGAUUGAGAAGGGCGGCCGCAAGUUUGGGUUUGAGUUUAUUCCCUUCGGCGGAGGUGUUCGCCAGUGUCUGGGUCAACAGAUUGCUCGCAUUCAGACGGCGUAUAUCGUCGUCCGUAUGUUACAACGGUACGACGUGAUUGAGAACCAUGGACGUCCUGCCGAUGCGCCCCUGAAGUUCCACCAUACCAUCGAGAACCGUUGUGGCAGCGGUGUUGUCACCCUCAAGGGCCACAAGCUUCUGCUUGUGACUCCUUGGCCGGUACCUGCUGGCUUCGCGGAGGGGCUCAAGUCUGAGUUUCCUGAUUUGGAAGUUGUAAUCCAUCUUCAAAAUUGGGACGGGAAGGCGCUCCCCCUUGAGGUCCUGCCACCAGAGAUAUGGAAGAAUGUGACGAUUCUCUUGACCUUUAGCACCCUGCCGAAACCGGAGGAGGCUUCUACGCUGCAGUAUGUGCAGCUCAUGAGUGCGGGUGUGAACCAUCUGUUGGACAACCCCACGUUUAAGGAUACCAAUGUGAAGUUUUGCUCUGCGAAUGGUGUUCAUGGGCCUCAGAUCUCAGAAUGGAUCAUUGGCACAUACCUUGCAUUUGAGCAUCAUCUCCCACAGUAUCUCCAGCAACAAAAAGAAGGAUAUUGGGACAGGGCUCAAAUGCACACCAUCCAAGAUGCCGCCAACAAGACAAUCGGCAUUCUAGGCUACGGCAGUAUCGGCCGACAAACCGCCCGUGUUGCCCGCGCAAUGGGCAUGACCGUCCACGCCUACACCUUGCACCCGCGUCCCACUCCCGAGUCCCGACGCGACCACUCCUGGACCCCGGCCGGCCUGGGCGACCCGGAGGGCACUAUCCCCGCGAAAUGGUUCAGCGGCGGGUCUCCCGCCGAUGUGCACGCCUUCCUUGCGUCCGGUCUUGACCUCCUCGUCAUCGCCACACCCCUGACCGCGCAGACGAAGCAUCUCCUUUCCAAGGCCGAGUUCGAGGUGCUUGCAAAGACGGCCAAGGGACGCACAUUCGUGAGUAAUGUUGCUCGGGGACCGGUUAUCGAUACAAAUGCGCUGAUUGAGGCGCUGGAAGGAGGGUUGAUUAAGGGCGCGGCGCUGGAUGUGACGGAUCCGGAGCCGUUGCCGGAUGGGCAUCGAUUGUGGGGGACGAAGAACGUGAUUAUCACGCCGCAUGUGUCAGGAGCAUCGGUGAAAUAUUUUGAUCGGGUGUUGGAGAUUCUGAAGGGGAAUUUGAAGAGAUUAGCAGAUGGCAAGGAGUUGGUAAAUUUGGUGGAUAAGAAGCGGGGGUAUUGA